AACGAAUAUAUCCUAGCUACUCGAUCUUGUCCCAGCCAAUAGGUAGCUGCUUCUGUCUGCCUAGUGAACUUUUCUAGCUAGCUACCAGGGAAAAGACCACCUCACCGGUCACCACCAUGGCUGGGCUAGUGCUAGCCAAGUGCCUUCUUCUGUUCUCCCUCUCCGCCGCGCUCCUCUCUCUGCUCGGCACCGGCGCCUCCGCCAUUGGCCUGCCCCAGCCUCAUGCGCCAGUGAACUUCACCAUCGGCGUGCAGGGCAUGGUCUGGUGCAAGACCUGCAGGUACAUCGGCUACAAUGCCAACAUGGACGCCUCCCCACUCAAAGGCGUGGAGGUGUACCUGCAGUGCCGGCACGGCCCGGGGCGGCUGAAGAAGGUGCAAGGGGCAUCGGGGCACGGCGGCUACUUUGUCAUCCAGUCGGCGCAGAUGGCGUCCUUCACCAACGACGAGUGCAAGGUGUACGCGGAGAGCUCGUCGUCGACCGCGUGCGGCCUCGUCGACGAACCCGCUGCCGGCGAGGGGCUGCCGCUCAAGUUCGACUCCUUCGUCAAGCACGGCGAUGGCCUGCAGGCGCUCUACUCCGUCGGCAACUUCUUCUUCCGCCCCAGCAACCCCAACAAGUGCUACUGACGCAUCCAUCCGUCAUGUACGUACUUGUGGGACUUGAAUAAAUGGGUCAGGAACUCAGGAUGAAUUAGCUGUUGGAGUAGCUGGGGAUAUGCAUCCGGUGCUGUAAUGUUGAUUUAAGUUUCUUCUAUUGUUGCAGUAGUUUUAUAAGCUUCUUUUAAUUAGCAACCGCAUGAUCGAAAUAA